AUUUCCGUGUUUUCCGGAGUUUUACGGGUGUUUACGAUUGUAGUCAUCAACAAGAAUGGGAUUUUAACCACAAAAUUAUGUGUUUUACAUACAUUUUAACAGUUUUAAAAUAACGGAAUUACAUAUAAUGUGAAUAUUGUGUAUGAGUCAUGUUUUUAAUCCACGGACAAUACAACGUAUUUUAAGGCAUGUCGCGAUUUUUCCGUUUUUUUAGCCGACGAAGAACUGGGAGGGAUGUAACAGAUUCAUCCCAUCCUAUAAAAAAGAAAAAUGCAAUCGCAUGCAAGGUUAUGCUUCUUGAUGGAACAGAUUACACAACAGAAGUACACAAACGUGACCAUGGUGAAGUUUUGCUGGAGAAAUGUUUCUUCCACUUGGACAUCAUUGAAAAAGACUACUUUGGACUUCAGUACACAGACCACAACAAUGUCAGCCAUUGGCUGGACCAAACUAAAGGAAUCAGAAAGCAAGUGAAAAUUGGUCCGCCGUACACAUUUCGGUUUCGAGUGAAGUUCUACUCCUCAGAGCCUAACAAUCUUCAUGAGGAACUAACCAGAUACCAGUUCUUCCUGCAGUUGAAGCAUGACAUCUUCAGUGGAAGGCUUCAGUGCCCAGAAGAGACGCUCAUAGAGUUGGCUGCCUAUGCCCUGCAGUCCGAGCUCGGUGAUUAUGAUGAGGAACAGCACACUGUUGGCGACAUCUCGGAGUUCCGCUUCAUUCCUGAGCAAACUGAAGAGAUGGAACUUGCCUUCUUUGAGAAAUACAAAGAAACAAGUGGUAUGAGUCCUGCCCAGGCUGAGUUGAACUACCUACAAAAGGCCAAGUGGCUGGAGAUGUACGGGGUGGACAUGCACGAUGUCAUGGGCAAGGAUGGAAACCAGUACCACCUGGGUCUCACCCCUACUGGCAUACUGGUGUUUGAGGGGGAAACCAAGAUAGGGCUCUUCUUCUGGCCCAAAAUGACACGGCUGGAUUUCAAAGGGAAGCGACUCACUCUUGUAGUUGUUGAAGAUGAUGAUGAGGGUCGUGAACAGGAGCAUACGUUUGUGUUCCGGUUGCCUACUGACAGAGCGUGCAAGCACCUGUGGAAGUGUGCCGUGGAAUACCAUGCUUUCUUCCGUCUCAAGGGCCCAGUUAAGGACAAGAACCAGAGACAGAACUUCAUACGUAUGGGCUCCAGGUUCCGAUACAGUGGAAGGACAGAGUACCAGACAGCGUUUCAGAAUCGUGCUCGGCGAAGCGUGAAGUUUGAGCGCACAGCAAGCAAGCGCUACUCAAGGCGACCCACUUUCGAGAAGAAAGAACGAGAAGAAGCUGCGAAGAGGCAGGAAGAACGAAGGAAAAGGGAGCAGGAACGAAAUGCUAAGAAGAUGGAGACUGCUAUCGGUGUGGAGCCGACGCCCUCCACAUCGUCUGCCUCCCCAGUAGCCUCCCCUGCACGCCCGGUAGCCGGUUCCCUUCCCUUGAACGGAGGGGCAGCAUCGGGAGCCGAGGGUGGUGGGACUCUGACAAGGAACGGUCGCAAGAGUUCCAAGUCUCCAGUGGAGACCCCUUCGCCAGGCAGCACAGCUCCAGGGGAGAUCACUCUAAAAGACGCCUCUGAAGCAGCUCAGGCCAGACUCAAGGGACUGGACAGUCCAGGACCAGUUGUGGCCCCAAAACCCGCGGUGAAAGACGUGAACACGUAUAAGAACAACCAGGUGAAGUUCUCAGCUGGUGGGGGCACAAUCCCGUCUGAUCAAUUGAAGUGCAAUAUUCUGAAGGCAAAACAUGAUGAAGAGAUGAAGAAAGUUCGGGCAGGUUCUCCGGUAGAUGGUGCUCUCAUGGUGGACUUGCCAGACAAGGUGGUUACCAAGGAAACAGAAAUCUCAGACACCACUAGCGUUUCUAGCACUGUCACCUCUGAACCUGACGAGCCCCCUGCCAACAACAACAGCCCUGCCAAGGAAACGUGUGUCGAUGACAUCGCCCCCGCCCUGCCACCCAAAGUGAAAAAUGUGAACGAAUUUGUGGGCGAAAGUAAAGUCGAUGAUGAUGACGAAGCUGAUAGUGGCCAUGUGAACAGUGAUACUCUGCCCCUGGUCCGAGGCCCCAAGAGGAUGUCAUCAAGCAGCAGUCAUGGGUCCACACACUCCAGGGGCAUACAGAAUGGAUAUGAGAGUAUAGAGCGACGCAGGGUCAGUUCGAGCAGCCAUAAUGAAGUGUUCAUCUCAUCACCAGGGGCAACGAAAUCCUCUGUUACACAGGUGUUUCAUUUUAGGGAGAAUGUUGUGGAAAUGCGGAAAUCUCCCCUACAAGCCAAGCAUGCUUCAUAUGGCACACCCCUGGGGUCACCUGAGGAGUCCCCUGCCCGCCCCUCCAAGCCCCCAAGGGUUACUAGCAGCAACCAGGGGGCCACCCCUAGCCCUCAUGGUUCCCCAAAGCCUCCCCCACGCCCACCCUCUAUUAAAGGUCAUAACCCUCCUCCUAGGCCCCCACCCCCAAGCAAGAGAGCUAGGGCCACUAACAGCUUUGUACAUGACGGUUCUCCAUUAUCAAGGUCAAGGCCAACGUCAGAUAAAAAUUUGAACCUGCCACAGAGUGUGGGAAAUAGGUCAAGGUCUGUUUCACCUAGUGAUGCCUACCUGGGCAGUGAGGGUCGGAGCAGUUUCAGAAGAAGUGAAGCUGCCUAUGAUCCCAAUCUGAACCCUUUUGGUGAUGAUGAUGAGGAAGACAAUAGAUCUGGGGAUGAGGAUAAGCUCAUAGGAAGGAAUGCUAUGACCCCACCUCGACCCCUGAGGUCCUCUCUCAACCCAUUUCUAUCUGCCUCCAUAAAGAAGAAGGCUGCACCAUCGCCUCCAAAUGUUCAGAGUCUGAACAAGCGAGACAAUGUACCAGAUAUAUCUUCCUCCAUAGCUCCUCCCUCUGAUAUUGCUCGUGCUGGGGCAAAAAACACAAAUGCUUAUGCAAAUAUGAAUAAUCCUGAUGAUGAAAGUGGGGCGUUGCUAAGUGAUGACCUUGGUGUGACCUCGGGAGUAACCAAUGAGCAGCAGGCUGACAUCGCAGCCCCGCCUGUAACUGUUAGAAUGCGGCACCAGUUUGGAAUGAAGCUUGUAAGAAGGGAACCAGCUUACAAUCCCAUUGGUGAAAAAGAACCCCCCAGACCUGGCCCUAGACCAGCCGCUAGAAAGAACAUGUCAACAUCAUGUGUUCCGGGAUCCAACGGUGCAACAGUGAAAGUGGGUCGGACUCAUUCAGAACACAUUGUGAAUGGUGAUAAACUUUCACCCUGGCACGUAAGCCAAUCAGAAGAAACGAAAGUGGUGCGGAAGGUCACCUUGACAACGGAGAUAUGAAAACAGGAACUGGCCUAGUACAUUGUUGGAGUUAUGAAAACAGGAAGUGGCCUAGUGCAUUGAGGGAGGGUUUUCAUUCAAGCUGAUUAACAUAUAUCAUUUAAUCACCCAAAUAAUCAAGAUAAAGGGAAAUAAUAAUUUUGAUAAUGUUAUUAUUGGUAUACUCUCUUAUUUUGUGUAUUACAAGAAUUCUCUUUACCUUCCAAUGCUAAUAAAAGUUAAUUGAUCUUUAAGGUAUCUGAAGAAAUCUUGGACCUUCCUUAAUUUUCAUUUGUCACUUGUUUAAAUCGCAUCAUUAUUUUUUUGAAUGAAAUGCAAACUUAUUGCCAUGCUCUAUUCCAUAACAAAGGUCUAUUUUGUUUUCAUUGUUCUUACAAAAUAUGUUCUUAAAAAUGUGUCAUAUAAAUUACUUUUCAUGUAACAUAAAAUCAUUUUGUAUCAAUAUAUAAAUGCCACUGUAUACACUGUUAAGUGUGACCAGAUUUUCAACACAGUUUGCCUGUCUGCUUGAUAUUUGCUUGAACAUAUGAUUUAUUUGAUGUCAUUUUCAACAUGUUUAUAGCUUAGCCAUUCUGACUGGACUUCCAUUACAUAUAUUGGUUAUUAUUUUUAAUUUGAUGUGUUGUUGAUGUUUGGCACAUUUGCUUAGUUUAAUCUUUCUGGCUGAGUGGGUAUUUCACAAUGACACACUACAUUAAGAUAGAAGUAAAUCUGAUAAACGACUUAUCUUGUUAUUGCAGAUUUAUUAAUUUGUACUUAUAAAUAAUACAAUUGCAACACAAUAUAAACGUGCUAAGUUACUAUUAAAAAACUUAAAACUUGUUAAAACUAAAGUAUGCCUGUUAUCAGGGGAAAAAAUGACUGAAAAACAAGAAUGACAAAAAUCGGUUUUAACCGAGAAAUAGAGAAUUAACAAAUGCUGCGUAAGACACUGAAUAAGAUUGUUUCGAUUUGCUAUAAUAAGAAAAAAUAUAUCAGUUAUGGAAACCAUUGUAACACUUGUCCAGUCAAGUUUUCAAAUAUGUCCCUUUUGGUGUUCAUUUACUAGUAUAUUAUUCUAAUGCAAUAUUUGUACAGUCUGUUAUAUGUACUCUUCUGUAUUGGUUUAGCUAUGAUCCCCUGUACCAAUAUGAUAGUCUACAUAUCUACAGCCCUAUCAUGUACAAAACUUCUGUGCACUUGUGCUUUUAUCAUGAACAUGUGUUUGUCAUUCAACAGAUUCAUAAAUAGUUUGUUUGUUAAUGUUAGCAAAAAACAGGCUUAAAGCAUCUUCCAGAUUAGUCCAUCUUUAAACUCAAAUACAUGUGGACAUUUAUUUAUUUUUUAAGGUCAUCAUUUUUUUAACAUCCAUGUAUAAUGAUAUUGCACUGCAAGUUAUGUUACUUGUUAGUGAUAUUAUGUAUUUAAAAUGUAUUUAAUUGCUAACAAUUUUAUCAAACUUACAAUAUUGAAUGCUUAUAAAUACCUUAUUUAGUAUAGUUCAAUGCAUCUUCCAGUAGUGUUGGCACUAUAUUAUACCAAAUAAAUCCUUUUACUUAUGUAACAUUGUCCGUCAAACGAGAACUUGUUAUAAAUGUUUUGAUAGUCAUCAACACAAAUGAAGUAAACGUUAACUUUUAUGUCUCUCGUGAGAUUUGCCUUGGUAAAUAAUAUGUGUCUUGUUCUGAGAAAACUGGGCUUAAUUCAUGUUCGCACAGGCUAAUCAGGGACGACACUUUCCGCUUUAAUGGUAUUUUUAGUUUCAAGGAAGUUCCUCCUUACCGAAAAUCAAGUUUAGGCAGAAAGUGUCGUCCCUGAUUAGCUUGUGCGGACUGCACAGGCUAAUCUGGGACGACACUUUACGCACAUGCAUUAUGACCUGCUUUCACAGAACAAGACACAUAUGUUUACCAAUGAUAUGGAGUAUUUUAAUCUGAUCUCAUUAUAAGUGCUUGUAUAAGAUGUUAAAUUAGUAUUGAAUAAAAUUAAAAUGAACAAGUCCACUACAUAAUAGUCAAUGCAUAAACAUAGAGCAUUUCACACAUUAUGUCAAAAGUGAGUCAAUAUUUGCAUAGUUAGGUCUGUUCUUAUUAUAAUGUGAAUGGGGUUUCUUGUAAAAUAUGCUUCGUAUUUAAAAAGUGUUUGCCUUUCUAUUUUCUAUGCCCCCGGAUUGAAAGAUCGGGGGUAUAUUGUUUUUGGCCUGUCUGUCUGUCAGUCAUUGUAUUUGUGUGUCCCAAAACUUUAACCUUGGUUAAAGUUAUAAAACUUUUUUAAUAUUGAAGAUAGAAACUUGAUAUUUGGCAUGCAUGUGUAUCACAUGGCGCUGCACAUUUUGAGUGGGGAAAAGUCAAGAUCAAAGUCAUCCUUCAAGGUCAAAGGUCAAAUAUCAUUGUAUUUUUCUUUCCUAAAACUUUAACUUUCAUUAAAAGUUUGGUCAUAACUUUUUGAAUAUUGAAGAAAGCAACUUGAUAUUUGGCAUGCAUGUGUAUCUCACGGAGCUGCACAUUUUGAGUGGUGAAAGGUCAAGGUCAUCCUUCAAGGUCAAAUUUAUGGUUUCAAAGCGGCGCAAUAGGGGGUAUUGUGUUUCUGACAAACACAUCUCUUGUUUUAUUUGAAAUGAAUGAAAUACAUAUUCGGUGUCCAUGCUCCUAAACCUCUAAACAGCAUCUGAAGUUAUUGGAGAAAAAAUCAUGUUUAAUUAAUCAUUAUGAAACAAAUAAACAUGUGUAUCCUCUAUUUCUCCUACACCUCUUAAGAUUUUCUUAUGACAUUUGUUUGUAAUCUCACUAAGUUUUUUUCUUAAAUAUGAAUUAAUUGUUAAUUAUGUUAAAUGCUUAUUGAAACAUAUCAGAGUUUGUCAUUCCAGUGAAUAACCAGUAUUUGUUGUCAUUCCUGUUUAAUAAUGGUUGUGAUGUUUUGAACUCACAUUAAGAUGUUUUAUCAUUGCCUGAAUCACACAAGUGUUUAAGUGGUUUGAACAUUGCCUGAAUCACACAAGUGUCUAAGCGGUUUGAACAUUGCCUGAAUCACACAAGUGUCUAAUUGGUUUAAACAUUGCCUGAAUCACACAAGUGUCUAAUUGGUUUGAACAUUGCCUGAAUCACACAAGUAUCUUAUUGGUUUAAACAUUGCCUGAAUCACACAAGUGUCUAAGUGGUUUUAAUAUUGCCUGAAUCACACACAAGUCUUAUUGGUUUGAACAUUGCCUGUAUCACACAAGUGUCUAAGUGGUUUUAACUCUUUCAGUGCUGGAACCGAAUUUUGAAGGCCUUUGCAAAUAGUUUGGAUCCAUCACAGUGGCGUCUCAUCAGGAUCCAAACUGUUUGCUAUUCUGAUAGUAUUCUUUGAAAAAAAAUCAAAGAAAAUGCUCAUUUUAAAAAUUCAGCAGACAACAUUUUAGCAGACGACAAAUUUCCCAGCAUGCAAAGGGUUGAUAGAUUGAUGUAUCUUUUAGUCAGCCAUGGUCACUGUGAUUAUUGUUACAACUGAGCUAUAUAGAUUUUCUUUCUUUCAGUGAAAUGUUACAUUUCUAUCAUGAUUUUAUUAAGAUGUGCACUUUAAACAUUAAAAAAAUACUGUUAAACAGUUUGUGCAAAGUUUGUUAAUUUUUACAUUUUGAAGUGUGAUUUGUACAUCUUUUGUGUUUUAUUGUUUUUAACUGCAGUUUAAUGCCAAAUGACUUGGAGAAGUGAGAAAAUCAUUUUUAGUCUAUUAUUUUAAUCAUUAUAUUUUCCUUUUCAGAUUUGGUUGUGAACAAAUAGUGUUUUCUCAUUAUUACGUAUUUUUGUUCAGUGUUUUGUGUUUAUUUUUUUUCUUUCAAACGGUUGUAGGCAAUAUUGUGUCAUCUUGAAAAUGCUUUUUAGGAGUUGAUGUUAAUCUCUAUCUUUUUAUUUAAACUGUAAGUUUAACAUAUGUAAGUUUAUUUUAUGGUAUCAUUAAAUAAAUAUUUCACUUACUGCCUAUAGAAUCGGAUAUUUCCCUAUCUCCUCAACAUUAUCACCUGUAUGUAUGUACAUGUACCAGACCUGUGCCAUUUUAUUUUCAUUUGAGAAAUUCUUGCUUCUUUUAUCCUGUAUGCAACUACAUGUUGUAUGUGUAUUUAUAUUGGAUUUCUUACAAUAUCAAAAAUAAGUGUUUUUAUCUUGUUGUGCAUUUUGAAAAAGGUUAGGGCAAUAGCUUACUCAUAUCUCAAAUACAACCUCAAGUUUUGACAAUAAAACAUUAGCAUUUUUAUCAUGAGACUAAUUUUGAUUUCACCAAAUGCAGGAAUCGGAUAUUCUGUAUUCUCUGCAAGCCUAUUGAAUUUCAGACUUGUUAAGAAAGCCUUUUCCAUUCUUUCGAUUUUUAUGUGGAAGAGUGUAAAAUAGCACUGCACAAAGUCAAAAUGCUGAUUGUCUGUUACUAACAGAGGUUUAAAAAUGCAAUAAGUUGAUAAGAAAAUGACCUUUCAAGCAAUAAUAUUUACAUAGUUUGUUUUGAAUACAUGCAUACACAAGUGUGAUUGAAGUUUAAUAUAUUAAAUCAGUGUAUCAUCUUAAUUGUUUUAUAUCUGUAUUGUAAUAAAUCAUUUUAAUAGAAGUAUAUUCCCAUUACUUUGCAUGUUUUGUAUAUACCUGUAUAUUGCUGUUAAGUUUUGUGAAGCCUUUACAUUGUCCUUGCGUGUUGACAGAUUUCUCACCUACUGAAUAGCCCUGGCCAUUAUCAGACAUCGUCCAGCAAUGGAUUCUUUUCAUUCUGCCUCUCCAUCAGUUAUGGAGAGGAGCAUAAUGGGUCAAAUUGUAUAGGCUAGUUGGUCCAAGUAAUUGAAGUCAUCAGAUGUGGCUAUGCAACGAUGUACUUUUAUUGACUUUUCAAAUGUAAAUGCAAUUGAUAUAUCUUAUCAAUUAUUGAUUGACAAGUACUACCUUAAGGUUAAAACGAUUGGUCACAUGAUUGCACAUUAAAUAGAUUAAACUUGUGUUAAUAUUAUGUAGCUCAAACACAGAAAUGUUAUUUCAUCUUUUUUUAUAAUUCUGAACUGUGUGAAGGGUAUAAAAACAACUGCUGAAAUCUAGUUGUGUUGUUACAAGUUUGUGUUAAUAUCUUAGGUUUGUAUAACGCUGCUAAUAACAUGCUUUCAUGUUUUAGCAUUGUUCAAAAAGAAAUGUAAUGCUAGAAUGCUUUGUAACUGGUUCGUAAACUACCUUAUAAAAUCUGAAAUGCCAUAAUAUUUUUUACCUGUAUAUACAAUUCAUAUGUCAUUUGCAUGAAGUAUUUAUUUUUUACCUCAUUUGAUGAAUCUGAGGUUUUACCAUUUUUUUGCUAAUCUUAUUUGUAAUAAGUGAGUAGGAGAGAUUCUUAGCAAUUUCACUAUUUCACGUACUUAACAAGAUUUUGCCUUUGCUAUUCUGUAGGUGAGAAAACUGAUAAUGAUUUUCACAUAUCAGCAACAUAUCACCAUCAGGCCUUGCUUUUAUGUGCCUACUGAUAUUUCAUGUGCCCAAUUCAAUAGUUUUAUAUUGUUUUAAUGAAGCGUUUAAAUAUGUUCAUAUGUGUUUAUGAAAUGUGUUGUGAUGUUUUGUGGACUUUCUUGUUUUAAAAUUAGAACUCAAUACAUGUAUUUAUUUUUUAACUAUCUAUUUUUAUUGCUAAAGAAUUGAAAUAUUUUAUAGCUGAAACUUUGACAUUGUGUAAUCAAAUUUUUUACUAUCCAGUGUUAAAAGCUGUUCAUUGAACUUAUAUCAAGCAAUCAAUUAUAGUCACAGUCACGCAUCAGUUGGUUUUAUUAUGUGUCCAUUAAUAUCCAGAUUUUUUUUCUGAAAAAUUAAGAGUUUUAUGUGUUUUAACUAGAGCUUAAAAGUUUGUAUUAAUUAACUGGUAAACUGGUCAUUUGUACAUUUCGGUAAAAUAUAUUAAAAUUAUUGAUUAUCAGUAUCUGUAACUGCGUAAACUGUAUUAUGUAAGACAAAUUUACUAGUCGUAAUAAAGCACACGCAUCGAAA